CUUUAAUAACUCUCCAGGACUCACGUCUGUCUGACACGCAACAACACUGGGAUUUUAUUUAGAUAGUUCUGGAAUAUCAGGCUGUUAAACCAACCAAUACAAGGACAGGGAGUGACAUCGUGUGAGAAAAUGGCUUCUAGUUUGUCUCUCCCAGAGGAGGAUUUCUCCUGUACGGUGUGCCUUGACAUCUUUAAGGAUCCUGUCAUGUUGUCAUGCAGCCACAGCUUCUGCCAAGCCUGUCUAAAGGAAUGCUGGAAAGACAAGGAAUCUCUGUCAUGUCCAGUUUGCAGGAGACGAUCGUCUAAGGAUCAGCCCCCUAUAAACCGUUCUCUAAAGAACCUGUGUGAGGCCUUACGGGAAAGGAGACAGACAGAUCCAACCACAGGGUCCAAGGUGUUCUGCAGUCAACACAGUGAGAAACUCAGUCUGUUCUGUCUGGAGGAUAAAGAGCCCAUCUGUUUGGUGUGUCAGGUCUCAAGAAAACAUAAAGAUCAUGACUGCAUCCCUGUAGAUGAGGCUGUUCAGGAUCACAAGGAGGAACUCCAGACUGACCUGAAGCCCUUACAGGAGAAGCUGAAGAUCUUUAAUAAAGUUAAACAAACCUGUGAUCAAACUGCAGUGCACAUUAAGAGCCAGGCCCAGCACACAGAGAAGCAGAUUAAGAAGGAGUUUGAGAAACUUCACCAGUUUCUACGAGAGGAAGAGGAGGCCAGGAUAGCAGUUCUGAAAGAGGAAGAGAAGCAGAAGAGUCAGAAGAUGAAGGAGAAGAUUGAGCAGAUGAACAGAGAGAUAUCUUCACUUUCAGACACAAUCAGAGCCAUAGAGGGGGAGCUGAAAGAUGAAGACAUCUCAUUCCUGCAGAACUUCAAGACCACGAAGGAAAGAGCCCAGUGCACAUUGCCAGAUCUACAGCUGGUGUCAGGGGGGCUGAUAGAUGUGGCCAAACACCUGGGAAACCUUAAGUUCAGAGUCUGGGAGAAGAUGAAGGAGAUCAUCAAACACACUCCUGUGAUUCUGGAUCCCAACACUGCAUCCUCCGGUCUCUCUCUGUCUGAUGAUCUGACCAGUGUGAGUCGAACUGGCCCAAAGCAUCAGCUCCCUGACAACCCAGAGAGAUUCAUGAAGUAUACAACUAUUCUGGGCUCUAAGGGGUUCAGCUCAGGUAAACACAGCUGGGAGGUGGAGCUGGGUGACCGUCCUUGCUGGAUUAUGGGCGUGGCUAAAGAGUCAAUUGACAGAAAGGGAGGGGUGAGUUCAUCACCAGAGUAUGGAAUCUGGGUUAUACGGCAGGAUAGUGGUAACUAUAGUAAUGGAAAGGGAGAGACCCUCCUCCUGAAGAAGAAACCCCAGAGGAUCAGAGUUCAGCUGGACUACGACCAGGGGGAGGUGUCCUUCUACGACUCCAUAGACAUGACACUCAUCUACACUUAUAAAGACACAUUCACUGAGACUCUCUACCCGUACUUCUCUAUUGGAUCAGCUGGUGAUGUGAAAAGCACUGGUGUUCAGAUCUGCCAAUCAGAGGUGUCAGCCAAUGUCAGUUAAACAUUUUGUAUUGGUUAAUUAGUCUAGUUAAUCUAGCCAGCUAUCUAACUAUUCAUCAUGACUGAAUUACUAACCGUGCAUGCAGGGUACGUGCCCAGGGGCCCUGACCUCCAGGGAGACCCAAUUGAUUAUGUUGUGUAGAAUUGCAUGAAAUUAUCUGUAAAACGACAAAAUAAUUGUUCUGCAAACUCAUAUGUUUACUUUUUGUUAAUACAACUCUUCUUCUGCAAACAGAUCCCUCUGUACAUAUUAUAUUUUUCAUCGCGAUGCUGAGUUAAUGUUUGUUAAUGUUGAGCAACUAAUUGUGUUUGUAGAACAAUUCUAAAUGUAAUACAUUUAGGGCCAUGACUAGGGUGGUUCCUGGUCAGGUCCCAUCUUAAGGAAAACCUCUGGGCCCAAGGUGUGGUUGGGUCACAUAUUUAGGAAAACCUCUGGGCCCUAGAUGUGGCUGGGUUAAGGAAAACCUCUGGGCCCUAGAUGUGGUUGGUUCACAUGUUAAGGAAAACCUCUGGGCCCAAGGUGUGGUUGGGUCACUUCUUUAGGAAAACCUCUGGGCCCUAGAUGUGGUUGGUUCACCAGUUAAGGAAUACCUCUGGGCCCUAGAUGUGGCUGGGUUAAGGAAAACCUCUGGGCCCUAGAUGUGAGUGAGAGGUCCAAGGUCUAGGACUAUCUGAAGGUAUAGUAUUAUUACUACUGGUGAACUCACUGUUUAUUAGGAUUUUGUUUCUUUAAACAAAGUCUUUGAUUACAACACUGAUUUUCUCUCUAAUUAAACUACGUUUUACACUUGAAGCCUUUUCUUUGUGUGUUUUACUUUAUCAGAGUACAACUACUAUGUGUCUUAAUGAUCACAUUGUUUUAUUCUGUUAUUUGCAUCGACUCAUGUUUUAUGCAAUAUUUGAUGUAUUAUCCAUUUUUAUGUUCUUAGUUUUGAUAAUGUUACACAUGUCUUUUAAUGCAAUCUGUGUUACAAUAUCGAUGUCAUUUAUUCUAACGUUGUGUUACAUGUACAGCAAAAAUAUUGACCUCUGAAUCCUGACUAUAUUCAACCAUAUCUUCUAAUAUUAACUAUUGACUUCAGUGUAAAUGUGAAUAACUUGAAUCCUUGUCAGAAUGUCCUUUUCUAGUGUCAACGUUUACCUGUCUAUGUCCCUGACAGUGUCUGCAGCAUUACAACAUGAAACAAGGACAUGAUAUUGAUCUGACUAUUGAGCUACAGAGCUCUGUGUUAAACUGUUAUCAGUGAAUGUUCUACAUGCUACUGGGUCGGGGAGGACACCAUGUACAACACAACGUCUGUCAUUAUUGGUGCUGAUGUGAAGAUAUGCAACAAACUGACAUUAAAAGAUCAUCAAAGAAACAUCUUUAUUUCCUGUCGUUAUUAUUGGUUGUGUGAAAUACUGAUCAUCAACAGAGGUCAUGUAUUAAACUGAGAUAAUGU